CUUUGACAGAUCAAUUUUGCAUGGAUUGAUUUUGUUACAUUUGUUCUAUACAUAUAAAUUAGAAGAAAUAUUGAGCAAUGCUUCAUUCCUUCUCAAAAUUAGAAGAAAUAUUGAGUAAUGCAUUACUCAUUCAUUUUCAUUGAUAAUGACUCAUUUUUUUAUUUUUAUCUGUCUCAUUUAUAAUGAUACAUUUAAAAAAAAUCAUAUUAUCUCAUAAAAAUUUAUUAAUUCCAUUACUUUUUAUUAUUUUUAUCUUUUAAUCACUCUUGUUCUUAAUAAUCGUGCAGAACAAUAAUGAACUGAAGAGAAUAAUUAUUUUGAAUUGACUUGUCAAUUGUCAAUAAUCAAAACAAUUUAUUGAUCUUUCCUAAUGAUGCGAACUCCUGUAUAUGAACAAUGAGUUCUAAAGUUCAAAUUAUAUCGUACUAUUUCUCUGAAAUAAUUAAAAUUAUUGAUAUUACAAUUAAAAAUCUAUGUAAAAAUUAUACUACUUUCUAUGAAUUACGAUUAAAGUGUUAUAUUGAGUACAUUCAUGAUAUACUUACGAGUCUUCAUAUUAUAUUUUACUAUUUUAUGAUUUUUUAAUUUUUUGGAAUCUAUAUUCCCAACUUAUAUGAUUUUGAACUUUGCUCAUAUUCUAUAUCUAAGUCAGUGCUAAAUAAAUAAUUUUAAGUAAUUUAAAAUUGUUACGAUGUUCCGUCAGAAAAAAUACUCCAUUCAUCCCACAAAGCAUGACUCAAUUUUUUUUUUGGUUUGUCUCACGAAAUUUUGACCUAUUUUUAAAAAUAACAAAAAAUUUGUCAUUUAUUCAUUUUUUUACUUUUUCAUCUAUUACACACAAAAUAUCAAUUUUUUAAUUUUUGUGCGGAAAAAACUGAGUCGUGCUUCGUAGGACGGAGAUAGUAAAAUUAGAAAAAUGUGACGAUGUAAGAUUUGUUUUGUGUAAAUAAAAAAUGUGAAGCAAAAUUCCCCAAAACAAUUUAAUCUUUGUGGCUGGCACACAUCACACACGGCACAGCGCCAUUCUCCCCUCUCCAGAGCUUUCUGUUUUCCUACGAAAGAAAGAGGAGAAAUGUCGACGGCGAGAAUCUCACCGUCAGCGACGGCAAUCUCCGCCUCCAUCAAACACCUUUCCUUGAGCUCUCCAACCCGCCGGACGUUUCUUAUCACUCUGAUACCCACGCCGUUAAUUGGCCGACGACCGAGAGACCACGCUGCAAAAAUAUACUCCAAAGCAUCGGAGCCGCUCGAAGUCUGUGCCAAAGAAUCUCUCACUACUCCCAACAAGCUCGGAGACUGUCCAUUCACGCAAAGGGUUUUGCUUACAUUGGAGGAAAAGAACCUUCCUUAUGACUUGAAGUUGAUUGAUUUCAGGAACAAACCCGAGUGGUUCUUAAACAUUAGUCCAGAAGGUAAAGUUCCGCUGAUAAAGCUUGACGAGAAAUGGACUCCAGAUUCCGAUGUUAUAACGCAAGCAUUGGAAGAAAAAUUCCCUCAACCAUCUCUUGCUACACCGCCUGAGAAAGCUGCAGUUGGUUCAAAGAUCUUCUCCACGUUUAUUGGUUUUCUUAAAAGCAAAGACUCCAGUGAUGGAACGGAGCAGGCAUUACUCGAUCAGCUGACUGAUUUCAACAGUUAUCUUGAAAAAAAUGGCCCGUUUAUUAAUGGGGAAGGGAUAUCUGCUGCGGAUUUGUCUCUUGCUCCUAAGCUAUAUCAUCUAGAAAUUGCUUUGGGACACUAUAAGAAGUGGUCUGUUCCAGACUCUCUUACCUACGUCAAGUCAUACAUGAAGACUAUAUUCUCGAGGGAUUCAUUCAUUAAAACACGAGCUCUAGUACAAGAUGUGAUUGAGGGUUGGCGACCAAAGGUUGAAGGUUGAUUUAUCUUCUAUACUCUGUCAUCAAGCUUCAGGUCGUAUCCUACAUAAUCAUUACUUAGCUUGCCGUUUUGUUAUUUUACAAUCUAUUACUCUAAUUUCAGAUCGAAAUGUGUCAAGUUCUCAAUGAAUCCUGCGAUGUUGAUAUUGAAAUAUUUUGAUGUGCUGCCCUCAUCACAUUAGUUUGCACCAUGUAAAUCACAUCUUGAUUUUGUCCAACGAAUUCAAAAACUGCAAUUAGCAGCGUUUAUUAAAAUUUGAAUUGCAGUUCUUGUAACA